GUGUUAGAAAGAUCAUCACGUCAAUGAGCUGCCAGGAAGCGCUCCUUCAGCAUUAUUGUUAGGAUCCUUCAGCCUCUUCGUAAAGGGUGUAACUAUACAAAGAACCAUCAGGCAGUCUUCAAGGAGGGACAGCAAGAGCAGACGUACCAUCCAAGCCGGAUUCCACGCUCGACAGCCAAAAACAGUGCAGUAACAAAUGACCUCGUGGACAGCAGAAUAAUCCUUCUAUCACAGUUUCUGACCUGCUGGCACCAAGAACAUAGGUCGGAGAAAAACAAGUGAACUCAAAGUGCAUAUAUGCUAGAAGUACAAGACUCGAAGGUAAGACCAUCAGAAGAUUUAAAAAAUCACGCACGUAUUGCUGUACCAGGCUAUAGCAUACAGAGAUGCACCGCAGCUGCCGUGCAAAGGUAGUCCAACCUCAUCCCGAGUCGUUCACCUGCGUCUUCCAUGCCGAAAAACCAGUAUCGCAAGCACCAGUAGGCCUAAUCAGAGGUUGUCGAACACUUGCAUCGUCGACGAGAAAGAAGAAGGAAAGGGCAGAAAUUGAGAAGGCAAACACGGCCAAGCAUCCUAUUCACGUAUUCAACGUUUCAACGUUCAAUGGCUGGACCGGAUCAUGGAAAGUCAUAGAUUUUAACUGGCCUUUUCACCCAGUCAAAGCAUCGCGGCCACCACAACUCACGGCGACUGUGGCAAAUGCCGUCUCAGAGUCAUUGAAGAUCACGUGGGAAGAAUGUGGUCUCUACGCGCUCUUUCGCCGUAAGGACGGAGAUGCCGUUCCGUUCACUGGGAUAAAGCCUACAGUUUCGUUGAAGGAUACUGAUGACUCCGUUUUUGCGGUCAUACCUUCUGGGCAAUCGGUAUCGGCGCUCUUUGACUUUGCUUCACGUAUGUCAUAUGUGAUUGAUAUUGCUUCCAACUCAGAUUUACCAGGAUACUCAGUGUCCUUAGAAUCAGCGUCACAUACAGACGUAGGAUUUCCCGUUUAUAUCGUUUCCUCGAAUCUGAAUUUACAUGUCGAGCGAGAGAAGGGUGCUGAAUGUAGUGGGGGUAGAGGCGGGAGUGACAGGGAACUUGAAGAACCAAAACGAUCUGAAAUACCGCUCCUACGUGUGUGCCUUCUCGGAAGUGGAGGUGACUCAGAUACGCGGGGUUCGAUGGAUCCUGGCCGUGCGGAGGGGGUGAGGGUUGGAUGGGGCACGAAAGUCGUCCCCCAGAGGGGAGACGAGUCGGAUACAAGUGAUUCUACGGUCAAGAUGGAUUCGGUCCUCUGGGAGCGAAAUGACGGUAAGGUGGAAAGGAAGAAAAACAGAGCCCGUGAAGAGGAAGGCGAACUCAGUGAAGUGGGCAACAUUCUAUCGGGAGUGUUUGUGUUUGGCGAAGAAAUUUGCCUGAGAAAAGAACACAAACUGAGAGUAACGGUGGUCAAUGUUCUAUUGGAAGUGUUUGUGCUCGACUUACGAAUGGGUCUGUCGAGAGUCAGGCGAACGGGGAGUAGUGGUCAGCGUUCUACUGGAGUCAGUACCGUAAAAUUAUUGAACAAAAAGGGAAAGAGUGAUUCUUACGGAAUUAUGGUAGUACUAUCCGAAUUGGCGACACUCAUUGUAGCUCGUUGUAGCUUGAAGAUUUACCGUGCGCACAAGGAGAUCCGAGAGGAUGACCCUGUGAAGGAGAGUCUGAUUUAA